AUGCGGGUGUUUAGGGCAUCUCUGCUCCUUGCCUGGGCGACAACCGCCACAGCGCGUCCAGCGCUGAAGUCCCGUGGUACACCAUCAUGUCGCUUUGCUCUCCAGUACAACCAAAGCGAUAUUCUGAACGAUCCAACGGACUUCAUCAUGGAUCUGCUGUAUUGGGAGGGCCGUUUCCACCAGAAUAGCGUGGGCUAUAAUACGCUCAAUGGCAUGUCGUACGACGGGACUCAAAUUGAUCUGACGACCGGCCUGGCAACCUCACAGCACAACUUCAGUGCUGCGAGUAAAGAGGUGAUGGUUUAUGCCCAUGCGAUAAAUGGCUCGCAAGAAGCUGCCCAGUUCCUUUCACCAUCCAACCCAGAGGCUGCGCCAGAUAUAGCAGCUUCUAUCUUGGAGACAAAAUUGGCUACUUACCUAAAGUUCAACGAAACCUACCCGGGAUUCGGAGGCUUUCUUCCCUGGUACAAUAAUGCCAAGGAUACCCGGGAUAUCUCGCCGACGUGGGACUGGGUUAAUCGCGUUCCAGCAUUAGACAAUGGUGAGCUGUUAUGGGCUGUGUACAGCGCCAUUGAGGUCCUAGAAAGCAGUCAUAAUGACUCAUAUCAGCGGCUAGCGCAAGGCUGGCAGCGCUGGCUAGACUACACAAAAACAACAGCAGCCAAGAUCUUUUAUGCCGGCCAAGGCCAAGUCUGCGCAGUCACUGCCAUUCGGAACCAAUCCUGGCCUGUGAAUGACCCACGACAGAACUAUUCGUGCGCAGAUGACGGAAGGAUUAACGAUCCGUAUGAGGGCGAAUUGUUCACGUGGUGGCUGCAGUUCUUCGGUGGUCUAUCUGAAAACGACAAGCAGAUGCUAUGGGAGGUCAAGAGACCCCAGCUAGUGAGUGUCGAAUACAACAUGGGUGGUGUAGGACCAAUUACUGUCCAGGAAGGAUAUUGGUUUUCAGGUCACGAGCAGUGGAAGGUGCUCGAAAUGCCCUAUUACGAUGUUGACAUCAUUAGGCGGCUUUACAACAACGCCGAACGAGCUCGCACCUGCAACUCGGUUGUGACGAAAGUCCCCGGAAUGUUCGCUUCAGUCAACAAUUCAACGGAUCCUAGCACGGGACAGAUAAUUGGCUAUAUCUCCAACGCUGGAAUUCCUUCUAUUGCAAGCCAGACUGUCCAGGAACUGGAUGUCAUUACUCCUUACAGCGUCUUUCCGACCUUGCUUUUCGACAAAAAAGUCGGUCUCGCCUGGUGGAGGAACAUGGUCAUUGCUAAAAAGAUGCAAAAUCCCUACGGCAGCACCGAAUCCUCCCGCAUCGACGGAACCUUGAUCUCCGGUUUGGUGACGUGGGAUAGUAAGAUUACGACAGUCAACGCCCUUCUUGGCGGUGUGUCGGACUUUGUCCGCCAGAGGAUGAUCAAGGAUGGAAUUUAUCAAGAAUUUAUCGAUAUUAUCCAGGCUGAAUACACGAGCGUCUUCAAGAGCCUGAAAGGCGAAAAUAUUCCUUACUGUCUACCAGAGGAGACCAUUCCAGAUCGAGGAUUGGUAGAAUUCACGGAGUGCAAUUAG